UUCAAAAGUUGGUACUUUGGUGAUGCUUCACGGUCUUUGUGCUUUUAGCUAGGAGGACUUUUACUUGAGAGGGUAAUGUGGGUUUUGAGACGGGGAGUGUUUGAAAAGUUCUUUUGGGUUUUGGAGAAAAAAGUGUCUUUUUUGCUGUAUUUGUAUGGGUUUUGGCGUUCGCCCUCAAAGUUGUUUUGCACUUUGGAAGGAAUCUUUUAGUUUCAGAAGAAAAAUGAGUUGCGGAGGAGAUAUCUAUGAGGAGGCGACUAAGGAUCCUGGCAUAAAGCUCUUUGGCAGAAAGAUCCCUCUGCCGGAAUGUCGGAUUCGGGCAGGGUCGGAAGUCAUGGAUGCUUGCAGUGAUAGAGCAAAAGCAGUAGUGGAGAGCUGUUAUGCAGAAAACUUGGGGCAACCACAGAAGUCCUCUGCUUUAGGAAAUAGGAAUGAAGAGCCCCAAACUCCUGUGCAGGUUGAGGCACUAGUAUAUCCUACACCCAAGGAAGGGCAGGUUGAGACCAAUACUACAGAGCAAGAGAAAGUGCUUAAGAAGCCAGACAAGGUACUUCAAUGUCCAAGGUGCAAUAGUUUAGACACAAAAUUUUGCUAUUUCAAUAACUACAAUGUCAGUCAACCUAGGCAUUUCUGUAAGAACUGCCAGAGAUAUUGGACGGCUGGUGGAACAAUGAGAAAUGUUCCAGUGGGUGCUGGGAGACGAAAGAACAAGCACUUAGCCUCUCAAUACCGUCAGAUAAUAGUAUCAUCUGAUGGAGUAGCAAUGACAAGAUCAGAAAUGAUGGACUCAGCCAACCACCAGCUUCUCUCGUGUGGUGAAUCUUCAAUGGUAAAUGGGACACUCCUAAAAUUUGGUCCUGAAGCACCUCUUUGUAGAUCCAUGGAGACUGUUCUUAAUUUAAGAGACCAGAGAAGAUGUGUUGAGAUGGGUUCUGUAAAUAUGGAAGAAAAUGAAGAGCCUUCCUCAUGCAUAUCUUCCCUGACAGCUUCCAGUAAUCAGGGAAAUCAAUUACCUGAAAAUAGUGAGCAACGGGAGAGAGUUUGUUUGCCUGGAUCUCGUAAUGAGCUUAAUACACCACAUCCUCUGCAUUGUUACCCUGUUCCUCCUCCAGGGGGUUUCCCUUGGAAUGCAGGUUUGCACAAUGAUGCCUCUGUUGCAAAAGCAGAAAAUGCUUCCGAGUGCAUUUCCGUACCAAAUGGCAGCGAUACAAAUCCGGUUCAGUGGUACCCGACACCAAUGCUUUCAGUUCCGGCCGGCUUUUGCCCUCCGAGCAUUCCUCUACAAUUUGUACCGGCAUCGUAUUGGAGCUGUAUGCCCGUUUGGGCUCCCGGAGCUGGGAGUGUGUCAUUAACUGGAUCAAGUAACAGUUCCUGCUCUGGCAAUGGCUCACCAACCCUCGGCAAGCAUUCCAGAGAUGCAAAGUUUACAGAUGAAGAGAAAUCAGAAACACGUAUUUUGGUUCCAAAGACACUGAGAAUUGAUGAUCCGGAUGAGGCUUCAAAGAGUCCUAUAUGGGCCACAUUAGGAGUUAAGCCUAACCAGAAGGAAUCUAUAUCGAAAGGUACUAUUUUUGGAACAUUUGGGUCAAAAAAGGCAGAAGAGAUGGACCAAUUGGCUGAAGCAUCUGAGAUCUUGGUUGCAAACCCAGCAGCUCUCUCUCGCUCUCAUACAUUUCAAGAGAGCAACUGACAUGUAUUUGAUAUCCUGGAUAUUUCUGUAACUUGGUCUUCUGUGUAGAAUGUGGCAUCUGCUUUUCAUAGAUGAUUUUUGGAUGAACUCUGAGAUAGAUGAUUUCUUGGAAAUUCAUAAACUGGCACUGUAAUCAACAGGGGUCCAUUUAGGAGUCAAUAUUGUAAAUAAUAGAUAAUAGUGAGUGGUUGUUUAAUGGUCUGCGGCCUAUAUAUUUGGGUUUCCGUUCGGAUACUCUUGUAUCUCUUUUUGAUGAUUUAGCAAGAAAUGAGAGAAGGUUGAAUGUAUAAAAUAUUA